CUUUUCGAAAAGCAGUUGGAAUUUUAUAAAUAGGAGAAUCGAUUCUCGACUCUCCGCUUUUUCGAGUAAGAGGGUACUACACACCGUGUGUCCGAUGAAGUUUUGCAUUCCUGUGUGAAAAUAUCUUCUUAGUUGUUCAGAUGAUACAUAAAUUCUCUCUUAUUUUCUGCAAUCACGGAAACGAAAAAGCCAACAAGGGUAUAUAAACACACGGAAGUUGACAGUUAAUAAGCUACCUCCAAAAAUGGGAAGAAACAGGGAGAUGCUGUCGCCAGUUUUAUUGUUGUUUAUGUUGUCUGGUUUUGUCAUCAACUUGUGUAACGCCGAAGUUUUGCAACCGCCGCAUAUUUUCAUGGGCAAACAAAUGGAUCCGUGCGCGAGCAAGUGCAAGGAAGCGUCCCUGCCCUUGAUAAACAAAGACGCUGAUCCCGAGCUGAAGUAUAUGAGGGCUUGUUGCGAAAGGGGAUGCCGAUUUUACAACUUGAUUAAUUUGAGUCAAGAACUCGAGACACCCGGUUCGAACAAUAGUCUGUCUCAAUGUGAUUCGUCCUGCACUAUGGCAUACCAAGAUUUACAGGAAUUAGUAGCAUGUAGGACUGGCUGUGCUCUCAUGACAGACCAGCGCUUGGACAGUUUCACACCUUUAUUUUCUAUUGCAAUUCAAUUUGGAGAUGUUCAACCAAAUAUUUUGUUCCCACAAGACACUCCAGAUAAUAAUAUCUUUACUGAUUUUGGAUUGAGUAAGGAAUUGUUGCCAGUCUGGUGGAAUGAAAAUGGAAUGAAAUUACCGGAAACAUACUUGAAAACAAUACCGAUCGAUACUGGGUCAAUGGACUACACCGCUCCAUCCGAGUACUUGGAAGAAAAUGAGAAAUCAACAUCUUUGCCAGGAUCAGAUUGGCUACAGUGUGCUUCACGACAUACAGGGAUACCACGUUGGCUUUUGGCACUGGCAAUCGCUACAGCCGCACUGUCAGCCUUGUGGCUUUGUCUGUCUCCAGAAAAACCAACCGACAUUGAAAAAGUAACUCUAACCGAUCCUAGUCCUACAAGCAAAAUUACGGUAUAUUUGCCUGAUGAGGCACCUUUGCAUAAAAAACCACCUCCCAAGUAUGAUGAAGUGGUGAAUUUAACUGAUUCCAGCUUAAAAGUUUAAAUCCGAUAUGUUUGCCGAAAACGGGUUUGCAUUUUAAUAUUAACUGAUUUGUACAAUUUUUGAUUAAUAUCAGUAACCAUCGCUAAAUCAAAACUUUGUUUGAAAUCGACCUUAAUAUAUUUUUGAUUGAUUGAAAAAAUAAAAGUACUUAACAUUAAAUUACGUGUCGGUCAAUCAAAACUAAUAAAAUUAUUUUAAAUUACAAUGCAUUGGCGAUUGGAGGCACUAAAUGUACGGUUUGGUGGUGUAGCUAUAUUUGACGCCGACAAAAGAUAUAAAUGUAGGCAUACAAUAAUGAUAAUUAGUAUCUUGUCGGUGCCAUUUUCCUAUGUGAAAACCGUGCCCCUCUAAUUGCAGACCCCAAUACACCUUUACAUAAAGACUUGAACCAUUAUUACGAUAAAAAUUAGAGAGUAGCUAUAUCCUCGUAAAAUAUAAAUGUAAUUAAAUCUAUGAUAAUCAUAAAGAUGCAAAAAAAAGUACAGAUAUUGUAACGACUAUAAUGUUGCGGCAUUGCAUACCCCUUUUGCUGCGGCGUCUUCGUGGACGUGAGAAACGGCAGUCGCUCCUUUUUGGAUCAUUGUUUUGAUUAUUCUCGGCCACGUCAGACUUGGCUGUGAAACUUAAUAAUACUACGUAUAUUAAAUAAAUUUUACUUGGGAAAAACCAAACGCAAUAGCAGCAGUAAUGCAUACAUAUGUAUCAUAAUUUUUCCAUGACUA